UGCGCGCGGGAGCCGGGCGCGAGCAGAGCGCAGCCGCGAGGGAGGCGCGGGGGAGGCGAGCCGGAGCCAGGGCGCUAGCAGCAGCCGGUGUCGGCGGGGAGCACCCGGGCGCAGCCGGAGCCGCAGCCGCGAUGGCCGUGGCCGUGGGGAGACCGUCUAAUGAAGAGCUUCGAAACUUGUCCCUUUCUGGUCAUGUUGGAUUUGACAGUCUCCCUGACCAGCUGGUCAACAAGUCUACUUCUCAAGGAUUCUGUUUCAACAUCCUGUGUGUUGGUGAGACAGGCAUUGGCAAAUCCACAUUGAUGGAUACUUUAUUCAACACCAAAUUUGAAAGUGACCCAGCUACUCACAAUGAACCAGGAGUCCGGUUAAAAGCCAGAAGUUAUGAGCUUCAGGAAAGCAAUGUACGGCUGAAGUUAACCAUCGUUGACACCGUGGGAUUUGGAGACCAGAUAAAUAAAGAUGACAGCUAUAAGCCGAUAGUGGAAUAUAUUGAUGCCCAAUUUGAGGCCUACCUGCAAGAGGAGUUGAAGAUUAAGCGUUCUCUCUUCAACUACCACGACACAAGGAUCCAUGCCUGCCUCUACUUCAUUGCCCCUACUGGACAUUCACUGAAGUCCCUGGAUCUGGUCACCAUGAAAAAGCUGGACAGUAAGGUGAACAUCAUUCCAAUAAUUGCAAAAGCUGACACCAUUGCCAAGAAUGAAUUACACAAAUUCAAGAGUAAGAUCAUGAGUGAACUGGUCAGCAAUGGGGUCCAGAUAUAUCAGUUCCCCACAGAUGAAGAAACGGUGGCAGAGAUUAAUGCAACAAUGAGUGUCCAUCUCCCAUUUGCAGUGGUUGGCAGCACCGAAGAGGUGAAGAUCGGCAACAAGAUGGCCAAGGCCAGGCAGUACCCCUGGGGUGUGGUGCAGGUUGAGAAUGAAAACCAUUGUGAUUUUGUGAAACUUCGGGAGAUGCUGAUCCGCGUGAACAUGGAGGACUUGCGAGAACAGACUCACACCCGCCAUUAUGAGUUGUAUCGGCGCUGUAAGCUCGAGGAGAUGGGGUUCAAGGACACUGACCCUGACAGCAAGCCCUUCAGUCUUCAGGAGACAUAUGAAGCAAAAAGGAAUGAGUUCCUGGGAGAACUGCAGAAGAAAGAGGAAGAAAUGAGACAAAUGUUCGUUAUGAGAGUGAAGGAAAAAGAGGCUGAACUUAAAGAGGCGGAGAAAGAGCUUCAUGAGAAGUUUGACCUCCUAAAGCGGACACACCAAGAGGAGAAGAAGAAAGUGGAAGACAAGAAGAAGGAGCUUGAGGAGGAGGUGAACAACUUCCAGAAGAAGAAAACCGCAGCUCAGUUGCUACAGUCCCAGGCCCAGCAGUCUGGCGCCCAGCAAACCAAGAAAGACAAGGAUAAGAAAAACUACACCACAAGGGUGGGACUGCCUGUGGUAGUCCUUGGCUCUGCACGGAGUAAAUGAUACCCUCAAAUCUAAUUGGAUGUGCUUUCGCCUUUGCAUCUUCUUCUUUAUGUAACCAUCCUGUUGACAAGCCCUACUCUCUCCUAAUGGACAUAGAGCAUUAGAAGAGCAGGAGCUGUCUGUUCACACGUGUUGGGGAAGAGUUACCUCAUUUCCACCAUCGCCUCCUGUUCUUUUAAAGUCUGGGUCAAAUAUUGCACUGCUGUUUGUAUUUGUCAAUGUCUGUUUACAAACCACGACCCAUAGUGGAUACUGAAGUGACUUAUCACUACCAAAAAUAACAGUACUUAAUUAAAAGGGAAAGGAAAUUGAGUGAAACAGAGAACUUGGGCCAAGACCUAAGGUCUUGUGUUGGGAUCUAAUUGCUUAGCUGUCAUGUUCUUGAAGCUGCUGAUCCAAGAACACGUGGACUGAAGACAGCAUGUACCCUAACGUGAGGUGCCACCACCUCUGGGGCCCACAAACUUGAUCUCAUGGUAACUCCUGACCUCUGUGUCCCAUGAGCAACAUUCUGAACAGCCCGAUCAGGAUCCUCGACCAUCAUCAGGUCAUAAGAUCUGGGCAACAUUUUCCUUCCUUUUGUUAGUUUUGUGGGUUGCUGUGGUGUUUGGGGAUUUUUUUUUUUUUUUUUUUUUUAACAUUUGCAUGAACAGAGAUGGCUGCAAUUUUUUCAUUUGGAGUGUUCUAUUGAUACAAUGUUUUUAUUUUUCAGCUGACCAUCUGCCUCUUGAGAGAGAGAAGUGGGCAUCCUUCCUUUAAAUUCAGGAACCAUUGUUUUAUUUGACGUUUUCUGUUACCUGCAUCCCUUAUAUAAGUUGUUUUGGGUUCGGGAUUGUUUUGGGAAAAAAAAAAAAAUUCCAGUUAGUCAGUUCUGUUUUUUGUAUUGGUUAUUCAAACUUACUUUUGGUAUCAAAAUUGUGACAGUUUUAAGCUCACUUCAAGGGGAAAUUUAAGUGCAGUUUAGGUUACAAAAUUCUGUUUAUAUGCUCUCCUUAUCUUGGAUACGACCCCAAGAAAUCCUUUUUUGUUACUGGAGUUUUGACCUACGAGUCUUAAUAAUGUGCCAGCGUUGGGUAAAUGACUUUUCUGCCUCUGGGGCUCAAUUUAUAUUUAAAGAUACCUUACAAUAACUUA